AUGCAGCGAGGAACAUCCCCGCCAACAAUUCAAUGUCCUCCAAAUUCUCCCUACGCAAGGUUCUUCUCCAACCGCACAGAGCCAGAGCAGCGCGGCAAAAUGGUGCCUCCACGCAAACACGAGGCAGUCAACCAAGAUGACACCGACAUCAUAGCCCAAAUAACCCAGCUCCCGUCCAAAACGGACCUUGCGGAUUUGUUCCAGAAGCUGGAGGAGAGCUUUGGCGUAAAGUACAGUGCUGUCAGCUCCGAAGUACAGCACCUGGGAGAUAGAGUACAGGCUCUGGAGGAUGAGGGGGGAGACCUCCGAGCAGAAAUGGACUGA